CGCCAUCGUCACUAGUCACUACCAUUCCGUUGUUAGAGCGAUGUGUUGCCGUUGCAGCUGCAACGGCUACGCCGGUGCUGUCGUUUGGCUCAAGCUGGAUCUUACAAUGUAUUAACAAGACUUUCCCGUGACAAUAAAGCGGGAUUAUUGAGGUAUGUAAUUCAAAAUGUCUUCGAGGAGCUGCGUUUUAGCGCGUAUCAUUCACACUCACACAGUGUUAGCAUGCUAGCUGUGUUAGCUUCUGUUUGUGGCUAACCAGUUAGCGAGCGUGAUUUACCUUUCAUACCGGGUACACGCGAAGAGUCGGGAUAGGAGCGCCGCUGUGCCCCGUGUGCGCGGCUCUGUGGGUGGGAGCGUGUUUGUUUGUGUGUGUUUUGAUAGUGCUCAGGUACAGUCACGACCUCUUCAGUUAUCGCUGCAGCAGCAAUGUGAAAACAGGCUCUAAUCUCAGUCACACCUCCAUAACUAAUCUGCUGAGGUCUCUCAGUUUAGAUGGGAAUAUAAUCUGUCUGGCUUUAAGAUUCGUCUGCUUUGUAGUCACAGUAUCCACUCAAAUGAUUUUAGAUUGAAAAGUAGAUCCUGUCAGACUUAGUUGUUGUGUUUAAAUGUAUGAUAAUAGGUCACUUUAGGAUGUGAGCUCCGUUUUGAUGGGGUCUUACAGUGUGUGUCCGCAUCUGUUGCAUGCUUCACAGUGACAGGAACACGCUGCUCUUCUUCUUCUUCUUCUUUUUAUUUUGACAGCUCCUUUGUUACAUUAAGACAAUCACAGGCACCUAAAACAUGAUUGAUUUCCACCCUCAGAGUUGAGAGAGACAGAUUUUGGAUGACUCAAUAGACCUCUGGCGGAAGGUACUUGCAGUGUCACCAUUAGCCAUCAUGAUGGGUGUGUGUUUUCUGGAAGGAAAAAGGAAGCAGUCGAAAACUCGUGAACAUCAUACAAACUUAUUCAUUUCCGAAUGACACAUAGAUUUCUCAACUGCUAUGGUGUGUUAUUGAGAUUCAUAAACAUACACCUGGUUGUCAUUGUUUCACCUACACGGUCAAAUCUGCUCUCUAAUGCUUUAUAAUGAACAUAACUCCUGCCCCUGUGAAGGUUGUGAUGGAAAUAUAUAUUUGUAAGCUAUCUAGAAAUGAGUUAAAUACAGACUGGUGCCUGUUGCAUGUGGUGAACAGUAUCUGAAUUCACUGUAAGUGUUAAUAAUGUUUCAACAAUACUCAGAAAUAGUCUCAGUUUAAGCAACAACAUAACAUAACUGUAUAUCUAGCUACUGACUAUGUCACAUUAGGUACACUUUGUGAAUAACCUCUUAAUACACAGUCUUUUUUCGCCAUAAUGAGUCUUAACCUCAAGAUAUGUUUGUCUCUUUCAGGUGUCAGCCUACCUGUGAGUCUACAUAUGUACUUCAUUCUGAGCGCUGGUCUAGGAAAUACACAGCACAGCAUGUUAUUACUGUGAAGAGAGAACAUAUUAGGUAGGUUUCUCCACUGUUUCCUCACUUUGCAUGUUUUUGUUUGACUGAAAACAAUGUGUAACAAGGGCAAACAGAGCAAAACGACCAAGUUAAUGUCGUCUGUUUAUCUCUUCCGCGAAAGCUGGAAGAGUGGCAUUCCUCAUUUUCAGCUGUUGAGGGGAGGUUUUUAAUGGAUGAACUCAGUUGUUCGCUAUGACUAAGCUUUCAAUAAAAGAGCUGUUAAAUGAGAAAUCAUUUUGCAACCUAGCAUUAAGAGCUGUUUCUUAAUGUUAGAUUUGCCGCUUUUGCAACAAACAGUCAGUUAAAUUUUUUGGCUUUACGGGCCAGCUCUGUGGCACUUGUUACAGAAGAUUGAACAACCUGACAGUGAUUUAAAGAACAAAAUGUCUCCUUUAAAAUCAUAUUGGAUGUUUAAAUCCUUGUGUUUCAUAAGUGUGUGUCUAAAAAUAAAAUGUAUUUUCAGUCUCUGAAUGAAAACUCGUUUCUAUCCAGAAUAUUUUGGGCUUUGGUCCUUGUAUCAGCCGAUGCUCUUUGACACCCAUGACCCUGGCCCUUGCUGUAGCUUACUAUGUGAUGCCCUUACAAAGUGAUAUGAGCUGAAAUACACGGAAGUGACCGCUGGUUAUGCACGACUGAGGGAAAGAAGUAGAGAGAAGAUAAAGACAAGGACAGCUUUGUGUUGUGCCUUCUGACUAGAAAGGCAGACAGCUGGACAAGCACCUGGUGUAGUUUUAAUGGACCUCCUCCCCUUCAUUGACCUCAGGAAAAUCAAUACAGCUCAAACUGUCCAGGAGCAUUUUCUGGUCUCUGAAGGAUGCUGUUUUCCUUUGUUAAAACAGGAAACAGCAAGCUAUCCAAGGCUAGCUAUGUGGCCGACAACCCUGUUAAGAAACAAACAGUUUUCAGAGGACAGGUAAAACUGAAAGAAAGAACUCAUGGCGGGAUUUUGUCAAGCUUUUGCAAAUAACAUUGUCAACAGUGUGCCCCUCAGACAUCUAAAGGAGAAUUAUUUGAACUGGAUCCUAAAAUCCUAUUUAUUACAGCUUUCACUGUGUCCGUCUUGACUUUUGUUUUUUCUUUGUAAAUACUAAACCUUUUAAGUCUAAUUGCAGUCCCUGACCAUGAUGCUCUGAUCACCAUUAAGGUCUAAGAGUUGUACUGUACUGUGUCGCAUUAGAAGUUCACAGGAGACACAAAAAAUGUAUCAGGUGGAAAAAUAAACAAAUUAACAGGAAUAGGUCCACUCUCCUCGGCAUUAUUCCCCUUUUGUUUUGGUGACAGCAGCAGUGUUUUCUUUUGACCUCAAUAGCUUGCACAUGUUCACCAGCAGUUCUCAUUAUUCCAGAGUAAAUGAGAGCCUUGAGCAAAAAGUCAUGGUUUACACAAAGUUCAUGACCAUGUUUGCAUUACCUCUUAUCUCUAACUGCGGCUAAGGCUUUGUUUAGCCAGCUUACUCAGGAAAGUCCAGCUUUGUUUAACUCGCUUUGGUACAACCCUCUGCUCCUCAGUUCUCCUUUUUUUCAUUAAAUCAAACAGUGCCCCUGGUUUUUGUUCCCUGACAUGCUCACACUUGUCUUCCCUGAUCACAUAUUUUUGUGUUGCAAGAUUAUUUAGGUGUUUUCUGGGGAAAUUGUGGAGUAAAAAGUGAGGAUAAGACGUCAGGCAUUGUGGACUCAUCAAAACUUAUUGGACAUGUCCUUGUUACCAAUCAGCUUGUGACCUCCUUCAGCUUAUUUCAAAUAUACAUAACAGAGAAUGAUGUGAAAAUGUGAAGUCCAAACGUAUGUUUCAUGUGAAUGACAGAUGUUUUAGGAUAGAACUGACAUAUUCUACAGUACUGCUGACCAGCGAGCAGCGCAUAGGCCUCUGUUCACUCACACAAGUGUUUGUAAUGAUCUAAUUAGGCCGCUAAUCAGGUGGAAGUGGGUGGAGCUUUGCACAGUAAUAACUGAAUUAGAAUAAGUGAGACAGGAAAGUAGAACAAGCGGUCAAUCUCUGAAAGGUUAUUAGUUUGAUAAAUGUGAAACUUUAUCCAACUUUUUGUUCUUGUUAAUGUGCUGUGUCAGAAGAGCCGAAGAUUCUGUUUCCAUUUUAUACCAUUCCUAGUAUUCCCAUAAUUUCAAAUAAUCUAGACAGCUUUCCAUCAGCCCUUGGAGGAGAUUGUCAUCUGUUGGAGUUAUUCCAUAAAGCCAGUUUAAGAAUAAGGCUGGCUUAUUUUGAGAAAUCUGUCUGUUUAAAGCAGUGGUUCUCAAGUCCAGUCCUCGAGGCCCACUGUCCUACAUGUUUUGGAUCUUUCCCUGCUCCAACACACCUGAUUCAAAUGAUCAGCUCGUUAUCAAGCUCUGUAAUGGUUUAAUAACGAGCUGAUCAUUUGAAUCAGGUGUGUUGGAGCAGGGAAACAUCCAAAACAUGUAGGACAGUGUGCCUCGAGGACUGGACUUCAGAACCACUGGUUUAAAGUGGGAAUUUUUUUCUAUCACCGAGGCUUACAUGAAUCCCUGCUCAGUAAUGAUGGGAACUUGUGUCGCCAAACAAACCUGCUCUGGAGCUUUUCAAACUUUGUAUACCUGUGUGUGUCGAUUUAAUUUAUGUCCAACAAGCAGAAACAGGUCAAAUUUGUGCAUUUGUAUCACUCAUGAAGUUGAAAAAGCUCGUGAAUAUCAUGUCAUUGCUUGCAUUGCUUCAAAAAAAUCCAUCAGUAAGUCAGACUGCUUUAAUCUAGAACUAAUCACACAUCAAAUAUAACUUCAAGUAUUUGACAUUAAAUGAGCACAGUGACAUAAAUCCUCUUCACUCAUGACAAUCGGUCAAAGUCUGAAAAAAGUUACGGCUGAAAAUGGUGUCUCAGUGACUGUGUCUCAGCUGCUUGUUUGCUUCAAACUACUUCAAUGCAUAAAACACUUUAAAGGCAGGACUAGGAGACACAUAAGAUCGACUAUAUUAGCAUUUGUUUUGUUAAAGCCUGUCUGUUCUCACAGGCAGUUCAUAUAAAUUCACUGUGUGGUCUGUACUGGACCCCCCCUGACUGGAGUGUAUUUGCUCCCAUCCAGAAAACAUCUUUGCUGAUUUUGAGUUUAAAAUACUGCAAGACAAAAACCUUUCCUCCCCUUUUCGCAUUUCCAUUUUGCAAGCAUUUUAAAUGACACCCACUGACAUGGAAAGUCUUUGGAUGCAAGCAGAAACAAACAACAGCGUGGUGUUUGGAAAUUCGCCUGGUUGGCCAGUCAGCUGAAGACUGAAUGCUGAGCUCUCCACCCGCUGUCUCUCUGCAAAUGUCUUAUUCAAGUGCCGAGCGAAAGGAAGUGGUGGUUUCCUUCAAAACAUUAAAUGACAGUGUACCAGAGCAACCUAUCAACAAAUGCAACAACACAGUUCAUUUUAAAUAUCGAGCAACCACUGACUGGCAAACUGUAAAACCAUGUUAAGCUGAAUCCGUUCUGAGGUCUUACUUUGAGCUGAAUCACUGACUUUUUUCUUUAGAAAUGGAGAGCCUGUGUAUAUAUGUGUGGUGGUCUGUUGUUAAUGACUGUGAUGUGAGAGACAGUCACAAUUGUGAACUCAAAACAUCUGCAUUGUAAGUGUAUAAUUCCUUUCCUGUUAGAGACGAUGACAGACUUCCGUUGUCUGAUAGAAAUAAACAAUCUACUGAGUCGACAACCUUCACAGAACAUCUUAUAAACCAGUAUCUGCUACGUCUGGAGCAGCCAAAAAUCCUAGGCUGUUUCAUCCAUCUUCACAUUUUACACUGGAACAAACUUAUUGAUCGUUAUGAAUUAUCUUAUUGAGUUUGUCCAAUUGUGUCCCGAUGAGGUGUGCCAGCUGAGGGUUACCGGGUGUACCGAUUAUUAUUAGCCUGUGAGCCUCACAUGCUCUCAGCAGCAGGAUCAGUUACCUAAAGGGUUCAGAGCAUUCAUUGAUUUAUCUUAAAGCUGCAGACAUCGUCUCUGGGGCCGCUCCUGGCUGUUCUCUUUGACCCUGACAUAAAACAGAGAGAAAGAAACUCCAAUGACUCAUGUCCCUUGUCAUAAAAGCUGCAUGGUGCAAAGAGCCCAGAAGAGUUGAGGUUGAGGUUGACUCACCUUUGUUCAGACUUUUUCAUUGUCUCACAUGGUUGGUGGUAUCUGAAUAGCACAUUGAUUUCUGUCUAAUGUUUGAACAGUCACAGGCUAAUAAUAAUACAGGCUGCAUAAUAAAAUGAAGAGGGUGUCUUGUGGUUCUUCCUGGUCAUUUGGUGGUUGAUGACCUGUUCUUCUUAGUUACACUUAUUCUCAAUAAUCCUAUGACUGUCAGUAAGUUCACUGGAAAUGGUCAGAUUUUUCAUGAUUCUGCUUUCAUUCUUAAUGUAAAGAGUUUAGUCAUCUUAAAAAUCCCAGAACACUGCAAUUAAACAAAAGUUCUGUUAGUAACCAUUUUCAUGUCCAGUUUUCUACAUCCUGUGUUGGCCAAUCUGUCAUUGUAGUUUCAUCUCACUCUCAAUUCCUUCUCUUUGUCAUGUUUCAUAUAUUUAAAUGAUCUUUCAAUGCCUCUUUUCUUCCAUAUUUUCAAACCUAACCAACAUAAUAACAAACUUGUAACACCAAGGAUACUGAAGAGAAAUGUUGUUUAUAUUAUUAUUUAAUGGUGGAAGAUUAAUCCCCCUGAGUUGACCUUGCUUUGAAUAUUCCCCCUCUCUCUUCAGGGUAGAAUGCAGUCUUCAAACCACCGACUGCGAGACAUGGAGCAGCACCACCCGCUGCUGUCGGCAGGUUCAGAUGUGGAGUCAGGCAGCCUGGCAGCUGGGGUGAUGGUGGGGGGUCCCCACACCGGCCACGCAGUGGGAAACCGCACAUUAUGGUUCAUUCAGGACAGUUGUGGCAUGGUGUGUGCCACCAUCACCUGGUUCCUGGUACUCUACGCUGAGUUUGUGGUGAACUUUGUCAUGCUGCUGCCCAGCAAGAACUUCUGGUACUCUCUGCUGAACGGGGCCGCCUUCAACUCCCUAGCUGUGCUGGCUUUGGCCUCACAUCUGCGCACCAUGCUGACUGACCCGGUAAGGAUGUGAAGGAGAUUCAAGAGAGGUUGAGGUUAUAGAUGAAGAGAAGUGUAAAGAGUUGGAGACAAAGUUUAAAACGAGGCCCACUGUCCUGCAUGUUUUGGAUGUUUCCCUGCUCCAACACACCUGAUUCAAAUGAUCAGCUCGUUAUCAAGCUCUAUAAUGGCUUAAUAACGAGCUGAUUAUUUGAAUCAGGUGUGUUGGAGCAGGGAAACAUCUAAAACAUGCAGGACAGUGGGCCUCAAGGACUGGACUUGAGAACCACUGAUGUAAAAUGUUUGUGACACUUUGUCUUUUGAAGGGUUUAAAAUUUGAGGUAUCUACAUACCACAUGUGCUGUUAUUAUUGUUGUUGUUUUUAUUCCUGUCAUCAAGUCUGGGGCUUGUUACGGAUACUAGGAUUCCUCUCAGUGAUCUAAGUCAAUUCAUGCUUCAGAAGAUGUAGGUCAAAUACUAUCAGUGGUGCUGCAAUGUUGACUCAUUCUUACUCUAAGAAACCUGAUGACUGAUGACAGCUCCACUUGUGUUAUCUAGCCCACAACAUCCCAGCCUUCACAUCUGCUCCAUUUCAAGGCCUAAAAUAGUGCAGUGAUGGCUGGGCUGCUGUACUGUGUCCAAAAUAGGCUUCCUUCUGAACUGUUGAGCUCUUACAUUUUUGGAGGAUUUCUUAUAAGUGGUAUUUACAACUGACUGUAAAUCAGAUAAUGGCUGUUUUGUGAACUAACAGACCUUAGAGUUUCCACAAGUGAAAAUGAGGCAUGCUAAACAUGUUAUUUUUGGAUCGGGGGUAAGACAGAUGCUUGUUUACUGCAGAUUCAUAUGAAAUCAAACAUGAACAAACAAACUGAGAAUGAAUUUCCUAACAGCUUGUAUAACUUUAAUAUGUUUUGAUCCCUUUACACAGUGUAAAGAGAAAUAAAAAUCAGAUUUAAUGUGAGACAGCUUUAAUUUCCUGAGCUAUAAUGACUUAAUUUAUCACAACAUUUGAAAGUGACAUCUUUAUUCCACCAUCCUCUGCAGGGUGCAGUUCCCAAGGGCAACGCCACAAAGGAGUACAUGGAGAGCUUACAGCUGAAGCCUGGUGAGGUCAUCUACAAGUGUCCGAAGUGCUGCAGCAUCAAGCCAGAGAGGGCACACCACUGCAGGUCAGUCAGUGACCGGGCUAAUUUAAUGCAAAAUCAAGUUGUGAUGCACUUCAUUACUCCAUAUGUAACAUCUAAGCUGUCUUCUUAGCUUACUUAUUUGUUGCUGGUGUAGUUUUGUGUACUGUGUUUUAACAUCUUCCCUCUCCUGUCUGCAGUAUUUGUAAAAGAUGUAUUCGAAAGAUGGAUCACCACUGUCCCUGGGUCAAUAACUGUGUGGGAGAGAAGAAUCAGAGGUUCUUUGUACUAUUCACUGUAAGUACACACAGGCACUCAGAGUGUAGUUUGUUUCAUUUUACCGCAGGUGGGGUGGAUAAGAGUCAAUAUUUACUUACACUUCAUGCAAACGCUGAUGAAUAAUUAAACAAGAUGUUUAAAGAGGGGAAAGCCUGAAAAUUUUACGGCUGUGUUUGAAAAUUUGUUCAGCUAGUAUUAAACCAGUGUUGUUUACGGCUCAGAAAUCAUGUCACACAUCUCAGCCAUAAACCUACCCUCUGCUCUCAUGUAGCUGUUUAUCACUAACAGGACCACCUCAGCACUUUUUUAUGGCGUCUUUGCUGACUUGAACUUGUAUUUAGGGUAGAAACAUAAGGCUGUCACAGGACCAUGAGGUAUAAGGUUGCCUACACAUUGAUAGAAAGGUGAAGAGUUAAACACAGUUAAUUUUUAGUACUGUACAGUUAAGACUAUCAGCUUUAAUGUGUUUGUCACGGUACAGUCAGGAUCAACAUUUUUCUUUUAAUGGUGUUUGUGUCUCUUUCGUCAUAUCAUAGUCAGCUUACACUUCAACUGUACUGUGAUGGAAAAUAAGGACACCACGACUCUUUAAAUGGCACCUAAAAAAGAAAAGCCCCAGAUAGUUGAAAAGCCAAAGAAAUAUGUAUUUUGUAUGAAAGUCUUUGAGUCUUAGCUACCACCUAUAAGCAGCUACUGAUGUCAGCUGACAACCUGUAGAUGAAACUAAAUUUUAAAAAGUUAAGCACAAUCUGUUAAAGGGAACCAACUGACUCCAGACCAGUCAGCGUUGUGGAAGACUCAGGGCUGAGGGAUGUCCACAAGUCGGCAUGUCGUGGUAUGCCUUAUCAUAGCAGGGACCACAUACAGGACCAGUAUGAAAAACAAAAAUACAACCAAACUGGAACUCUUGAAAAGGGCAAAUGCUGUCAUGUUACUGAUCGUCAGUGAGAAGUCAAAAUGAUCUCCAAUUAAAGGCGCAUCAUAUUAACGCUGAUUGGACAUUUAGUACCUGCACUCUUGCAGGUUUCUGUAACAGUGAUAACCUUAAAGAAUAAACAGAUACUGUGUUCCACAGAGUAAGCAUUUACAAGCUGUCUUCUACCUCUAAGUCACGGUCCCUGGUUUGGCGGUACAGCAUUUAUUUGAACAAUAAAUCUAAAAGUCAAGAUGAUGGAGUGGGUUUCAUUGCAUUCAUUCGACUCCUGAAGAAAUACCCUCAUAGGAACCUCUAUAAAUGAUCAAUACUGAUUUAGACACUGUUUGAAAUAAGAAAUAAUGGCAUUUUAAACAUGUAGAAAAGAGUCUUUUUAUUGCAUUAAUAAGGAAUUGAAAACUGACCUUGUAAGGAGAGAGUGUAUUGGCUUUUUUUGUCUGUAUACAUCGUCUUUCUUCCCUCAUCCUCUGAUCUUUCUAAACAACCUUGGUCCUGUAAAAGGUGUGACAAAAUUUUAAAAUUUUUGUAUUAUGGUUAUCUUCUUCCUGCAGAUGUACAUAGCCUUGAUUUCAGCCCAUGCCCUGGCCCUCAGCGGUAUGCACUUCUUCAGCUGUAUUAAAGUCCAGUGGAACGGUAAGGCUUCUUUGUAUUGCAACACUGACGAUGUUUGACUCAAAAAGACAAGCACAGCGUGUCAGAGAGAUGUAGUUUCUGAAUCAGAGGCACAGCUAUGCUCAGAGAGAGGGAAAAUGCUUGGUGAGAUGAGAAGAGACGGGUGAUCAGAGUAGAAGAAAGAAAAGAGACCGUUUUCCUUUCAUAAGAACUCCAGUUCAGUCAUCACAACUCUAUCAUUGAUCUCCUCCUGCUCGCCUGAGUGUCUUUUUGUUAAGGCGAACCAGAAAAUAACAAUAAUUCAUUAGUCUCAGAGUUUGUUUCUUGAAGUCUUAAAACCAUGUCUGACUCAUCAGGGAAUCUGUUUGUUUGUGCUACAAGUAUUCCAGGCUCCUGUGAUGGGGGGAAACUUGUGUCUCUGUUUAAAUAACAGCUGAUCUUAAGAUAUAAAACCUUUUUGUUUAUGAAUGACAGUUUAUAAGAACAGUUAGAUGGAGAAUGAGUUUACCCGGUCUUACAUUAGGUUCGAGUAUGGUUAAAAUAACAGUGUCAUUUGGACAAAUGAGGGCAACUGCAGCUGCAUUAGUCAUGUGCAGUCUUUCUCAGCCAGGUUUUGACAGGUGUUUAUGUGAAUAGUUUAAGACUCAAACUUGAAGGACUUUGGGGUCUGCUCACUUUCAAGACAUUGUUAGUUCAGCUGGUCUUUUAUUAAAUUUGAUUUUUUUAAAUAAAAACUCUCUCUCCUCCUGUGCAGAGUGCAGCGACUUUUCUCCAGGGGUGUCCGUGCUACUGUUGAUCUUCCUCUGUCUUGAAGCCAUCCUCUUCCUCACUUUUACAGCUGUAAUGUUUGGCACACAGAUCCACUCCAUCUGUAACGAUGAGACGGUGAGUAUCCACUGAACCCUGCAAGGUUUGUUUCCCUCAGCAAGCUGUGUGACGGCUAAAACAUACAGGAUGUGUAUUUGAAGCAUCACGCAGCAAAUAGGUUGCCAUUCGAAUCAAUGCAGCAGAGCAUACAGGACGUUUAUUAGCUCUGUCCCAGCAUCGUAUCGAGAGCAGCACUGCUAUAGAUACGCAGUGAGUCUAUUUUUGCUGCUUUACGCUUCCAAUGCAUAUAUUUAUUGUAUGCAUUUUCAAAAUAAUACAGUAUGUGAACUGUGUAUCAGUUUGCGUGGAUGAGAAAUACUUCGUGGUUGUGGAUUUAUCAGUAACACAGAACAAUCCGAUGGUAAGUCCCUGAUCCAUGUGGACCCCAACAAGACUUUUAACUGCUAACUCUGUCUAAAGGUAACAGCACAGCAUAAAGGAACAUAGUUUAAUUUAUUAAACACGAGUAAACCUGCAAAAACUGAAACUGUAAAAUCACGUUGCUUUUUCACAUAUAGUAGAGGCUCAACAGUCACUAAAUUAUAUCCAGAUAAGCAGGAAAGAGACCACAGAAAGGCAAAACAACCUGCUGUGAACAUGUUGUUUCCUUUAUACUGAGCCCUGCUGACCGGGGCUCAAAAUACGCACCCUGUAUGCGAUACCCAAUGCUGCUCUACGGCGCAAAUACAGAACGUGCUCAAUACGGAUCCUGUAUGUUUUUAGCUUGAGUGUGGCAGGGAGAGUCACUAUGAAGAAGCCAUCAUUGAAAAAGAUACCAAGGGAGGCACUGAUAAAUGCUUCUGGCUCCUCAGGUUUAAUGUGUAAUCGAAUUCAUCUCUGGAUUUGUCCCUCUGCUUCAUCCUUUGUUCAUGUAAUUGCGUAUCAUUGUGUAACUGUUUUGAUUUACGGACCGCUUUGAAUGUCUUGCAGGAGAUUGAGCGUCUUAAAAAUGAAAAGCCCACGUGGGAGCGUCGCAUGAGAUGGGACGGGAUGAAGUCUGUGUUCGGGGGUCCGCCCUCCCUCCUGUGGUGUAAUCCAUUCACAGGCCUGCGUCUGCGGCGUUUGUUACUGUUGACCCAAGGUCGCCGCAGCGGGUCUGAGUUUUCUGUCUGAGAGAAGGUCAGACCAAAGAAGCUGAGAAACACUAGAUCACCUCUAAAGCGAGAUUCCUUGUUUCUUUCAGGGAGCCGAGAUAAGCCUCUGCUCCCUGAGGCUAAUAUUACAAUAUGUGGGUGACACAAAGACAGGGUGCUCCUGUGGAACCACAGUGCAUCACGACCACAGCGGAAAGUGUUUCAUCACUCGCACUUGCUGACGAAGAUCCAACACCUUUGGUCUGCACGAGUACAACUGGAACAUAGUUUUUAACUUGAGCAACUUUUUGUUUUAUGUGUGUGUUUUUAGAUAAAGCAUGCAGUUUGUAACUCCAGUGAGCCUUUUAUUCCUUGUGACAUUGUCCAAGGUGCUGUUUGAGCCCAAAUCACGCACCUCCAGUAAACAGCUGCAGCGGUGUGUUUUCUUUGCUGCGCACAUGGAUUUCAAGAUGAGUCUGUGAAUUCUCGAUGCAGGAUCAGCAACAUAUCUUUGAUCAUCACCAGACCCAGACAGUAGAGGCAUACAGGCAAAUUCUGGAAACUGACAGAGGAUAUACAACCAAGGACAUGCGAUGUCUUAUGUGGCAUUGAAGGAAAACUGGACAUGGAGCAGAGAGGACAUCAGAAGUGGAACUAUGCUGCCUUGAUUUGCAUGUAUAACAGCUCAAUCGGUCAGUAUCUCAGCCCGAAAAAUUAGACUUUCACUGUGUUUGAAUGAACAGCCGACUGUGAACACAAGCCUCCUCUUCAUUCUAACGGACUGAGUGCUUUUUCAUAUCUGCUCAUCUUUUUUGUCUCGUUUGUCCCCCUCAAGCUAAAAUUGUUGAUUCUUUAGACUAUUCGGGCCAGUGGAAAUUAAUACAUUCUUCUUCUUUUUAUAAUUGCUGGAGCCUCUUUAUCUUUCAUCCCCACUCCUGACCACUCCUCAACAGCUGACCAUAAUGACUCACUGGAGAUGAGUAUCACUGUUUGGGAAAGCAAUGACAGUUUUGUAUUACCUGUUAAGCCGAUGUCUGUAAAUGUACCGUUGCUCCACUCCUUUGUGCUUUCCAGGGUAUUAUUUUCUGCAAAGGAUCUAUGAUUUUCUGACCACAGUUAUGCCUCCCUGUAGUUUUAAAUCAAUUCAGGUUGGAAAACUUUGCCUGCUGAAAAGACUGAAUGUCACUCAGUUAAAUGUUACUCACACCAUUUUCCUUGAGUGGGAAACUGUCGGUCACCUCUGUGUGUAGCAAGAAUCCAUAUUUUAGAACAGGCUGAUAAAACCUCAUAGUAUGGUACUACUCAGCCAAAACACGGUGCACCGGUUUGAAAAGCAGAACUAAAAACAUUAGCUCAACCUCCUUAGGCUCAUUGUGAGCUUACUCUGAUCUCAGGGGCCAGGCCCCAUUAUGCAGCCUUGCUGCAGACUUACAAAAGAGCUGAUUUUCUGAAAGGGGCCUAAGUACCAGUCUCAUUUUUCAAGCUUUAAAAGUGAACACAGUGUGGAGAGGCUCAGCAGACAGUUGAGAAGCCUUUCCUACUUCACUCCAGAAACGUCAGGCCUGUAACAUCUUUUCCAGUGUUGCUAGAACACUUCUCCAUGCCUUCAAAUUCAGUCAGUCAAGUGAAUUAAUCAGCCUUUGUCGUUAUUGCCAUAUUUAUGAAAGUGUCCUCUUAUUAUGCGACAUCUUUUCUCCUGUUUCGAUGUAAUCAGCACGCCUGUUUGCAGUGGUUUGGAUGGCUUUUUGAAUCUGAAGUACAGAAUUGAAAUUCAAGUCUGGCUGAGGGCAACGUGUUGUCAAAUCAUGUCUCGUUUAUUACAUUUUAGAUGCUAUACUGCUGUUUGUUCUUACCUGUGGUGAUCAGGAGAAGGAACUCAAACUCCACUGUUUACACUCAGAGAUCAUGUCUAAAGCUUCAAUGUUAUGCUGUCAUGGAAAUGUAACACAUCUUUGUGACACAGUACUGAAAGCCAAAUAAUAUCAGGGGAUUCAUUUUUUUUAACGCUGGCCUCACAUGUCUCAUUUCACUUUGCAGAACUAACAGCUUUCUGAGUGCUGUCUUAUUGUUUGGUGUUUGGCACUUUUUUAUUCAAGUGUCAUUUCUCCCCCUGAAUUUGGUGUUUUUUUAAUUUCAUGUUGACAUGUAUUUUAACUUAUGGUGCGGCUUCAAAAGGAGUAAAUACUGACAACGUGUGUACACUGCAUAUCUGUAAAAUCUAUGUACAAGCUGUCUUUUUAUUUGUAGAUGUGCAGGAAAAUAGACGCUUUUCCGUUUGGCAGUCCCACACACACAUAUAUCUGGAACAAGAGAGAGGUUUUUAGGAAGUAAAUCACACAGAAUGUGAUUAAAAACAGACAUAAAUGUAAAGCAGGACUUGAGAUAACAGUAACAACACUGAAACACUAAACCUUUAGAUGUAUAUGUAGGAAGUAGGUGACCGUGCUGGUUUUGGCUAGUGUUGGAUCGACAGGUGUCGCUCUGUUGCUGUGUUGAAUGAAUAUCAAUAUUCAAAGCUCACUGGUGUAGUUUGUGCAAUAAUUUGGGCUUUCUUGAUGUAUACGAGUAUUGCAGAACAGGAUAUUCAUGAUUUAUGACCCAACUCAGAUGCUGGACUUAUAAAGUCUUACAUUGGGAUUUUUUUUUUUUUUUUUUGCAGGGUGUCGGUUGACUUUUAGGCUCAGCAAUAGAAUCAAAUAUCAAAAAGUUAUUCCCAUUCUUGUAUUUCCAUCACUUACUGCUGCGUGACUCAAGUUAAUACAAUCACAGUGAGAGGAUUACUUGAGAAUGUGCAAGAUUGUAAUACAGUGAGAGAGUUUGCUCUCUAAAGCUUUUCUCCUUCUUGACAUAUAUUAAUGGAGAUAGAGGUAGAUAAUGUGCUAGUAGGGAAGAGACCAUUUUGUGGCGUGUAUCAUGAUCCUGAGCACUGUGGUGGUAUGAUCACAGACUUACCCUCAACAUCUCCUGAAUAAACACAGCUUUUGUUUUCUGUUCUCCACAGAGAAUGUUUCUUCAAGGAGAAAGGCCAUCAGAUUUAUAACAAAGUAUAAAAGUUACUAUUAACAGUAUAUAAAUGGAAUGUUUUUUUAUUGUGUCAUAAUCUUAUAAUGUCUGAUAUCUUUAAUGUCAUUCUUUUACAUAAUAAACUUGAUCAAAUCAAAACGAU